AUGGCGACAGUAUUUGAUAGUCCUUUCAUUCGACAACGUUUGCAUCGGUUACGGCAUCGUGAUUUCGAGUUAGAUGAAGACCAAAGAUUCGGAAGAUGUGAUUGUACAAGUUAUUCCUACUUCGUUCUUUCCAUGGUUUUGUUUUCAGUGGGAACAGUAAUUACAGUGUUGGCUCUAGGUGACGCUGAUGGGUAUAUUUUAAGCAAUUUGGGACACAUGUGGCUAGUAGGGCCCAUAUUUAUAUGUUCCGGAAUGAUGGUUGCCGUGAAAAGUAUGUUAUAUUUACGAAGAAAAAGUGUUAUUCAGAUGCUUCUUCAUCAACGUGCUAUUAUCAGAGACAUGGCUAGUAUUCAAGCAGAGUAUAAUACUCAAGUUCCUCGCACUGCAUCAAGUGCAACUUUACCACCAUCAUAUGAUGCACUAAUUGCAAAUGCAGCGACAAGCAAACCACAGCCAUCUAGUUCUGAUCCUCCUCCACCGACAUAUGAUGAAGCUAUGUAUCUGAUUGGUGAUGAGAAGUUUCAUCUCGAUAACAAUGAUGCAAAGGAAGACACAAGUAACCAAACUAAUUCUACAGAUGAUAAACCUUAG